AUACGUAUCUAUAUAUUUUUGCUUAAUGUACAAUAUAAAUUUCCUACAUUGAAUCAAAGUGAGGGUCACUCACCUUUCGAAUCCCCAAAGACCGUAUUAUCAAACGAAACAGAAGAAUGCACAAUAAACCGCACACAUGACUGUGUCUGUAUAUCCAAAAUAAUGCUUCACACUUUCGCUUUUCCAAAGAGAUAAGACUUGCAGUUUCAAGAGCGAAUAAAUCGAAACCAGAUGCCUUUCCAAAAGCAGAUCAAAGCAGAAAUGUUGGGAUGUUUAAUAAAAAGUCCGUAGGUAUAAAAGUAGAACCAACGCGUCGGAACUUAGUUUUGUCACGGUGAAAUUCUGCAGAAAAUGAAGUCUGUCGUAUUGCUCGGAGUACUGAUACUAAUAAACCUACUUACUAUUGAGUGUUCCAUUGCUGAUGGAACUUCUAAGCCAUUUGUGCGCAGCCGUUACAGCAAACGUUGGCGCAUCGCAACAACUGAGGCAAAUGUCAACAGCAGCGCAGCCACAACGGAGCAACAGGAGAAUGUAGGGGUUGACUUGAAAACUGGGGAAACAACUAUACUGAGCAACGUGCCCAAAUUUGAGGAAACAACAGUUGUGGUUAGCCCAUCUAUGCCACUGCGAACCACAACAACUAGUUCAAAAGUUAUAGAGGAACCAGCCAAAAAAACGCUUAGCACCACAACUGAACAUCCAAGACAUAAUGGCCCAAAUGGCUUACCAUUGGACUAUGAUUACUAUGGUAAUGGUGGCGAAAACGAAGAAGAUGCAGGUCAUAAAUAAUUUAACUUAUUUUCUAUUCAAUAUACUUAUCAUUAUACAACCGUUUACAUUACUUCAUACAAAU